AUGAGUCUCUCGCAACGCCCCUCCUCGAGUGCCCUCUUGUCGGCUUCAAAAGAUGCGGAUGACAGCUCUGUUCGCCCACGAAACCGCCGGGUAGUGAGCCACCGCAACGAUGCAACCUCAUCCUCCCUCUACUCGAGCCCGAGCAGGACCCCAGACAGAGGCGCCUCGCCGAUUCCCGCCGCACGCAUAGGAGAUGUUACCGGAAGAAACAAUUCUAGACUUGAGGUCGCGGCGGGCUCUACACGUGCAAGUAGCCCCAGGGGCGGUCGUGGUCUGCUCGAUGGCUCGUGGGCUUCGACGUGGGCCUCCGUCCAGGAGUUCACCACAACACUGCUUACUGGUGGGGAAUCAUAUCACACCGGGUCAGAGAGAUCAGCCACCAGGACCGCUGGGAAACAAAAGAGCUCCAGCAGCUGGGGUCCCGAACCACCAAACGAAUCGAGGCCACGCUUAGAGGACGUUGGGUCAGGAUCAAUGAUCGAGCGGGAGGGGCGUCUCAGGGCCCUUAGGACAGCAAGUGUACUCGAAAGUCAUGAAGGCGUUAAUGGUGGGCUGGAUGUUUCCAGGACGUUCAAAAAGCGUAGUUCAGACGAGGACUUGCGAGAAGCUUCGCAAAGUCAGGAAACAGCAGAACACCUGGUGUACAUCCACCAUGUACAGCCAACUGAUACCUAUGCCGGGAUCGUGCUUCGCUACAAGUGCCGUGAAGACGCAUUCCGCAAGGCCAACGGCUUAUGGUCUCGAGACAAUAUCCAGAUGCGCAAAUGGCUUGCAAUUCCUGUCGACGCCUGCGAGAUCAAGGGGCGCCCUUGCGAAGGCCCCUCGUUUCCCGGAGCCCAAGUUGAUUACUUGGCCCGUACGCCGGAAGCAACAGACCCAUUUGGGCGAGACAUCUCCAACAACCGAGAGUUUUUCGGCACCUCGACCAACGAUCAAGGCGGGGAUAACAAGUUACAAACACAUGAUGACGAGCGACCAUGGACACACGUGCGCUGGGUAUCACUCGACUCGUUUCCUAAUCCUGUUGAGGUCGCACGAGUAGAACGCAAGGUUUUGGGAUACUUCCCCCCGCGUCGGAGGAAGAGCAUGAACACCACUUCCACAAUGACGUCGCCUAGGACGUCGAUGGACGUACCAGGCAUCACUGUCAGUGGGGAGACCGGUCCUGCGAGUCCCGGCAGCAGCUCUUCCCGCCGAACUAGUCUCAUGGGAAAUCGCCCCAGUCUAGUUGGAGAUGAUGUUCGGCCGGCAUGGAUGAGACGGCCUGGAGGCGUAGGCUCGCUGCGGAAUGUGAGAGCACCAGGACCUGAGAAGGAUUACUUCAACACGUGGACAAAUAAACAUCUACCGGGCCUGAACAUUGAUUCUCUACCGUCCAUGGCUGUUUUAGGUGCUGAAACUGCCCGCCUCGGUUUCCAAGGCGCUGAGGAGCACCCAACUAUUGUUGAGAGCCCUUUUGAAGACGGAGGCGAUGCCUCGACGAUAAACGGCCAAGGAUCCACCGGCCUCGAUAAAGCGGCUGCGGCGGUCGAGAACUGGCUACGAGGCGCAUUUGUCAAACGUCCAAUAGGAACGCCUUCUCUAGGCGCACCGAAACGAUCGCCUCUUGGCCAAGAAGAAGGCGACCUCAUCGAGCUUACCGACACUAAUAGUGACGAUGGUCGAGGAGGGAACAUCGAUCCUAUUUCUGAUGAUAGACGGGACACAGGAUUGCUGAACUUGGGAACUGGUACCUCUGGGAGAAGCGCUACAAUGGGCGGGAGUGGAACGAUGAGAGGGAGUCUCGCGGUCCGAAUGCCGAUUUGCAUCGAAUGCAGACACCCUGUGAAGACGUUAUGGAGGGAGGGCGCAGGUGACAAGUCGACCGGGCACAACAUCCGGUUGACGGUGUGCAAGAACUGCGGCCGCUUCUGUGAUAAAUAUGUCGAACAUGACUUUGUCGUUCUUUUCAUCGACCUUGUCUUGAUCAAACCGCAGGUCUAUAGACAUUUGCUUCACAACACCUUGAUGAAAGACGAGGAUGAAUUCGCAGUACUCCUCCUCUGCACCCUCUCAACCCUCGCCUUCCACGGCUCCAUCCGCUUCCUCACCUCAAGCCGAUACUCACCUCUCCACCUCCUCGGCAUUCUCCCGCAGUUCAGCCGGCCCAACUCGGCCUCGACCGCCCUUCUCGUUUCGUCUUCCACCAAGCUGUUUCCCAUCCUGAUGGUCAUAUGGGAAUAUGACGUUCCUGCGGCGGCGCGCUCGUUAGGAUGGGCCGUGGUGGCCAACAACGUCGAGGCGCUCAAGAUCUUGCUGGACUGUAACUACGGCGUGGCGACGCUGCUGGCGACGGCGGGCGCGCUGAGCCGUUGGGCCAUGGGAAGGGCGGUCUUGUGGGCGGCUGGGCUGGAUGGGGUGGACUCGGUUGGGGAGCAUAGUGUGGCGGAGGAAGGGAGGGUGAUGGGUUCCUUGUUAAUGUAUGCAAAGGAUUGGCUUGGGAGAUUGGCUGUUGGUUGA